AUGCUGCUCAAAAAUGGAGUAGUACGUUUAUCCAAUAUUCUUCAGAUAUUAUUGAUACAAACAUUUCGUACAAUGUCAUCAGUUAAAAUUGAAACAUUGACAGUUAAAGAAAAUAAAAAUGAGUAUUUUCCGAAUAAUGAUUAUUUACCAGUUAUAGUGUAUCGGCAAGUGUUUGGUAAUGAUGGAAAAGUAUCACCUACUCAAUGGGAGGAAUUAUUUAAAACAAAUGGUUUUGGGCAUGGAUGGCGAUGGGGAAUAUUUAAUUAUCAUCAUUAUCAUUCUACAGCUCAUGAAGGUGAGCAAGGAAAAACAAUUGAACUAAACACGGGUGACUGUGUAUUCAUUCCUGCCGGUGUUAGUCACAAAAAUUUAAAUGAUGAAACUGAGAAUAAAAACUUUAGUGUUGUUGGGGCUUAUGAUUUGAAAGGUAAAAAGUACGAUAUGAAUUAUGGAAAAAAAGAAGAAUAUGACAAAGCAAUCGAAAAUAUAAAAAAUUUAAAAAUAUUUCUCAUAAUGGAUGAAAAACAAUGGCAAAGAUUAACAGAUGUUGGCGAAGAAUGCGGAAAAGAUAAGAAUCCAGUUGUCCAAAGCUUAAAGAAACGCACUACAUUUGUUAAAUAUAAAUCAAAUGGUAGAAGUUAUUCGAGAAUAUAUUUUUUGACAACAUCAGAAGAUGCUGUUGAUUAUUUUGGAUCGAAACGGAAUGAAACUGAGCGAGCAUAUUUGAUCAGAGAUAUUGAAGAAGUUCGUAUCGGAUUCAAUACAACUGUUUGGAAGGAAUGUUUGAAAAAGAAAGUGGUCAAUUUCAAACAGGAUGCACUCGCAUUUUCGAUAUUGUAUGACAAUAAUCGUUUAUCACUCGAUCUAUUAGCUGACACAAGAGAAUUACGUGAUUUAUGGUUAACUGGUUUAGAAUUUUUGAUAAAACGUUAUCGUUUUCAUCUGCGUAGUUAUCGUGAAAUUACUGAUACCUGGAUGUGGGAACUGUUCGACCGAGCUGAUCUCCAUCGUAGUAAGCAAUUGAAUCGUUCUGAAAUUCGCCGACUAUUGCACAUCUUAAAUAUCGUACUACCAAAUGAUGACAUUGAUUAUUAUUUUAAUUUGGCCAAUACAAAAACGGAAACAUUCCACGAAAUAACACAUUUAGAUCGUGAAGAAUUUAUUUUAUUCUACAAACUAAUAACAAAUAGGCCAGAAUUAUUAAAAAUUAUUUGUCAAUAUAAUGGUACUGAUAAAAAACAUAAAGAAAUAGCGAAUUAUAAUAUUUUGAGUAAACUGCCAAUACUCACUGAAACUAUUUUACCAGAAGGACAAUCAUCAGAUUUUAAGCAAAGUAGAAAAAAAAGUCCCAAAAAACAACGACAAGAAAACAGAAAUGAUAAAGAAAUAAACAACUUUUUGACGAUCGAACAAUUGAAAGACUUUUUACAAAAUGAACAACAUAUGAAAACAAUAUCAAUUGAUGAUUGCUCAAAACUAAUUAAGCGAUUUGAACCAUCAAUCGAAGGAAAACAAUGUGAAGAGAUGGGUAUCGAUGGUUUACGCUUAAUGCUUCUUCAUGAUGAAUUUUGUAUCAUGAAUCCACAUCAUGCGAAUGAAGUUUAUCAUGAUAUGACGCGACCAUUAUCUGAUUAUUUUAUUGCCACAAGUCAUAAUACAUACAUUAGCGAUAGUCAAGUAUACGGAGAGUGUACUCCUGAAACAUAUGUUCGCGCAUUGAGAUCGGGUUGUAGAUCGGUAGAAAUUGAUUGCUACGAUGGGGACAACCAUAAACCGAUUGUAUAUCAUGGAAAAACAUUUACAAAACCUGUUGAAUUUGAAGAUAUUCUCAUUGCAAUAAAAGACAAUGCUUUUGUAUACUCACCUUAUCCAUUAUUUUUGAACAUAGAGAAUCAUUGUUCUUAUGAACAACAAGAAGUGCUGGCUGUAUUAUUAAAAAUUAUACUAAAAGAAUACUUAUUAACAGAACCAAUAAAUGAUUUGUCUGUAUUACCAUCCCCGGAAAAUUUGAAAUACAAGAUACUUAUUCGAAGUCGUCGUUCUCCUAAAGGAAAGACUAUAGCUGAUCCGAAGAUAAAUAACAGUAAUGAUGAAACGUCUCUCACGCCGAAAAGUUCGCCAAAACAUUGUUAUCAUUCGAUAUCAUUUAAAGAAUCAAAAGCAACUGAAUUUAUCAAAUAUUCUUCUGAUAGUUCAGAUUUAAUACGAUUAACUGAAAGACAAAUUGUACGAAUUUAUCCAUCGUCCUACCGUCAAGAUUCUAGUAAUCUACAUCCUGUAUUAUUCUGGUUAUAUGGUGCGCAGAUGGUUGCUCUCAAUUUUCAAGCAGAUGAUGAAUCUAUGUCAUUGCAUUAUGGUUUUUUUCGCGAUAAUUGUGCAUGUGGUUAUUUAUUAAAGCCUUCGAUCCUUUUACCAACUGCAGAUGAAACAGAAACAAUAAAACCAACUUUUGAUCCAAAAGAUCGAUCUUUUAGUAAAGGAAAAAAGUUAACCAUCCGGAUUAUAAGUGGUCAGCAUCUACCUAAAGAGAAGUCAAUCGAAGACAAAGACAUUAUUGAUCCAUUUGUGAGAGUUUAUAUUUAUGGACUAGACUGUGAUUGUCAUGACGAACGUACACCAUUGAUGCUUUCACACACAUACACUGUCUGUUUGAAGUGUCUAUUAAAACUUCGUCCCAUUUUAUUAUUUUCACCAACAUCGGUAUCAAUCGUUCGUUCAUUUCAUUGCUCAUCAGUUUUACUGACACGUAGUGCCCGUCAUUCACAACGUUACGACAAAAAUGAAAGUUAUGAAGAUUUUGAAUCGACCGAAAAUAUUGAUGAAUCACCUGUUCAAGAGCAAUUUGCAAGACUUGAAAAACAAAAAAAGUUAUUUUCAAAUAGAAAGGAAAUUUCUGAUGAUUUUGUUGAUAAUUUUGGAAUAUCUUCGAACAAACAAGAAUUGAAUGAAGAGCAACAACAAGAUAUGGAUGAUACUGAUAGAGUGAUCAGACCAAAUAUAGAUCCAUCUACAACAUCUGUUCUCCUAUUUCCUGGUCAGGGUACACAAUUUGUUGGCAUGGGAAAAUUAGUUGUGGAUUAUCCAAGUGUUAAAGAAAUGUUUAAUAUCGCCAAUAGUAUAUUAGGCUAUGAUUUGUAUAAAAAAUGUACUGAGGGUCCAAAAGAAGAUUUAGAUCAAACAAUAUAUGCUCAACCAGCUAUCUAUGUCACAUCAUUAGCUGCAGUGCAAAGAUUAAAAAGUGAAAAUCAACAGGCUGUGGAAAAUUGCGUAGUGACAGCCGGAUUUAGUGUCGGUGAGAUAACAGCGCUAACAUUUGGCGGUUGUUUAUCGUACGAAGAUGGUCUUCGCUUAAUAAAAGCACGUGCUGAAGCCAUGCAGACAGCAUCAAAUGAAGUUAAUUCCGGUAUGAUGUCAGUAUUUAUUGGUCAUGAAACAAAACUAGGACUGGCAAUGGAGGCAGCAAGAGAAUGGUGUCAGAAAUAUAUGAAAAUUGAUGAACCCGUUGUUCAAGUGGCAAAUCACCUAUAUGGAGAAUGUAAAGUACUGGCUGGACAUAAAGAAGCAUUACAAUUUAUUGCUCACAAUUACAAAGAGUUCAAUAUUCGUCGUAUUAAAUAUUUACCGGUUAGCGGUGCAUUUCAUACACCGUUAAUGCAAUCAGCUAAACUAAAAUUAAUUAAUGUAUUAGAUAAAAUUAAUAUGAAACCACCCAUAAUUCAAGUUAUGUCAAACAUAAGCGGAAAAGCACACUCAAAAGAUGUUAUAAGCAUCAAACGUGAUCUUAGCCGACAAUUAACAAAAAGUGUUCUUUGGGAGCAAAUUAUUCAUAAAAUAUAUCAGCGAUCAAAAAAUGAAUCAUUUCCAUAUACAUAUGAGUGUGGACCAGGUCGACAACUCGGUUUUUUGUUAAAAUUAAAUCAUCAAAAAGCCUAUCAGCAAUAUCAGAGUAUCGGUGUUUGA